UGCAGGCAAAGAUGGCGGUGCGGAAGAAAGACGGCGGCCCGAAUGUAAAAUAUUUCGAAGCGUCUGAUACCGUUUCUCAGUUUGAUAAUGUCCGCGUCUGGCUGGGAAAGAAUUACAAAAAGUACAUCCAGGCCGAGCCCCCCACCAACAAGUCUCUGUCUAGCCUGGUGGUCCAGCUGCUCCAGUUCCAGGAGGAGGUGUUCGGGCGACAUGUCAGCAACCCUCCGCUCACCAAGCUGCCAAUGAAAUGUUUUCUGGACUUCAAGUCAGGAGGGGCUCUCUGCCACAUCCUGGCUGCUGCCUACAAGUUCAAGAGUGACCAAGGAUGGCGCAGGUUUGACUUCCAGAAUCCGUCGAGGAUGGACCGAAAUGUGGAGAUGUUCAUGACAAUUGAGAAGUCCUUAGUGCAGAACAACUGCCUGACGAGACCUGUCAUCUACCUGAGCCCUGACAUAGAGCAAAAACUGCUCGGGAAACUGAAAGACAUCAUCAAAAGACACCAGGGCUCAGUGACUGAGGACAAGGCCUCCAGCUCCCAUGUUGUCGUUCCUAUUCCCACCAGCCUGGAGGAAGAGGAGUGGGUGCGUCCCGUGAUGAAGAGAGACAAGCAAGUGCUGCUACACUGGGGAUAUUUUCCCGACAGUUAUGAUACCUGGAUCCCAGCCAGUGAGAUUGAGGCUGCUGUGGAGGAUCCUCCCAGCCCAGAAAAGCCCAGGAAGGUUCAUGCCAAGUGGAUUUUAGACCUGGACCAGUAUAACGAGUGGAUGAACGAGGAGGACUAUGAAGUGGGCGAGGGCUGCCCUAAGAGGAAGAGGAUCUCAGCCAAGACCCUGACGGACGAGGUGACCACGCCUGACGAGCGCAGGGACAAGAAGCCUGGUAGUGCCAAGAAGAGGAAGCGCUCACCGUCACCUUCCCCCACACCUCCGCCCCAGGAGAGCAAGAAGAAGAACACCAAAAAAGGGCCAACGACCCCAUACACCAAAUCUAAACGGGGCCAGAGGGAGGAGGAACAGGAGGAUCUUAGUAAGGACAUGGAUGAAGCGUCACCUGUUCCAGCAUCUGAAGAGGGAAACCCAGCUAAGACAAAUAACGCCAAGAAGGACUCUGAUUCAACUCCAGUAAAGGGAGGAACAGAUAUGGAUGAGCAGGAGGACGAGUCCAUGGAAACAACAGGCAAGGAGGAGGAGGAAGGAUCUCCGAGUGUGAAGGGUGAACCGGUGAAAGGCUCGGACCUUCACGAGGACAAUGUGACUGAGCAAACCCAUCACAUUAUUAUACCGAGCUACGCCGCCUGGUUUGACUACAACAGUGUUCAUGCCAUUGAGCGCAGAGCCCUGCCAGAGUUCUUCAAUGGAAAGAACAAAUCCAAAACACCUGAGAUUUACCUGGCGUACAGGAACUUCAUGAUUGACACCUACCGACUGAACCCUCAGGAGUACCUGACCUCCACCGCCUGCCGCAGGAAUCUGGCAGGAGACGUGUGCGCAAUCAUGAGAGUCCACGCCUUCCUGGAGCAGUGGGGUCUGAUCAACUACCAGGUGGACUCCGAGAGCCGGCCCACACCCAUGGGUCCCCCACCCACCUCCCACUUCCAUGUCCUGGCAGACACUCCGUCCAGUCUGGUACCCCUGCAGCCCAAGACUUCCCAGGUUAGCAUAUGUCCACCUACAAACAAACACACACACAAAUAUAAGGACAUGGAUGAAGCGUCACCUGUUCCAGCAUCUGAAGAGGGAAACCCAGAUCUCCGAACCCCUGCUACCCAGCAGAUGAUAUCUUUCCCAGAUAAAGUGAAAGAUAAACCAGCAGAUCUGCAAAACUUUGGGCUGCGAACGGACAUGUACAGCAAGAAGAGUGGCUCUGUAAAGAGCAAGAGUGCAGCAAGCUCCAUGAGGGACUGGACAGAACAAGAAACACUUCUACUACUUGAGGGCUUGGAGAUGUAUAAGGACGACUGGAACAAGGUUUCAGAACACGUGGGCAGCCGUACGCAGGAUGAGUGCAUCCUGCACUUCCUGCGGCUGCCCAUCGAAGACCCUUACUUGGAGGACAACUCCUCGUCCAUGGGACCGCUGGCCUACCAGCCAAUUCCUUUCAGCCAAGCAGGAAACCCCGUCAUGAGCACGGUGGCCUUCCUCGCCUCUGUCGUCGACCCGCGUGUGGCCUCAGCUGCAGCCAAGUCUGCCCUGGAGGAGUUUUCUCGCAUGAAGGAGGAGGUUCCUGCAGCACUUGUUGAGGCUCAUGUGCGGCGGGUGGAGGAGGCAGCGAGGGUCAGUGGCCGACAGGACCCGCUGUACGGCCUGGAGGGGAGUGGCAUCGCCGGUACCGGCCUGGAGGAGGGAGAUAGACCCGACGAAACCAGCGAUGAAAGUAAGAGUGACGGCCAAUCGGGCGAAGAGAAGAGAGAGGCCAAGGAGAGCAAAGAUGGAGCGGCUGAGGAAGAGGAGAAGCAGGCAGAGAAUGGGAAGAAGGAAGAAGAAAGAGGAAGAGAACAAGAAGGAGAAAGGGAGGCGGACAAAACAGAGUCGGAGAUGGGCGAUGGGGAGAAAGAGAAGGAUGGAAAAGAGGGCACAGAGGAGGGACAAAGAGAAGCAGAGAGUGAAGGGGAAAGGAAAGCUAAGGUGGAGCGUGACGUAGGGGAGGGGAACCUGGCCACUGCCGCUGCGUCUGCGCUCGCUGCUGCUGCUGUCAAAGCCAAGCACCUGGCUGCAGUGGAAGAGAGGAAGAUCAAAUCUCUUGUGGCUCUGCUGGUGGAGACCCAAAUGAAGAAGCUGGAGAUAAAACUGCGACACUUUGAAGAAUUGGAAACCAUCAUGGACAGAGAGAGGGAGGCGUUGGAGUACCAGCGUCAGCAGCUGCUGGCUGACCGUCAGUCCUUCCACAUGGAGCAGUUAAAAUACGCUGAGAUGAGGGCCCGCCAACAGCACUUCCAGCAGAUUCAGCACCAGCAGCACAGUCAGGCAGGAGGCCCUCAUUCCAACCAGGCCACCUCAGGCCCCCCACCCCAGGGCCCGACCGCAACUCAGCAAGCUCCCAGUACACCAGCGCCGCAGCCGGCCCCCAGCCCCGUGCCUCCAGCCUCUUCUGCCCCAGCUCCUGAGUCCCAACCACCUCAGGGUGCUCACACCUCGCCCCCCUGCCCCCCUGGCCAGGCCCCAGCUGCCCACUCCAGCUCCAGCUCCAGCACUACUCCUGUACUCCAUGGAUUGUGUCAGAAAGUGUCAGAAAAUAGUGAAAAAUCCCAAGAGCCCACUGCCCCGCUUCCCGGGGAAACACUCCACCCCUCAGCUCCAGUCCCGCCUCCACAGUGAGAGAAAAAUAAAUUGGCUGAGAACCCGA